AUGGCUUAUGUUGCCUUAACUUCUCUGAUGGCAACACUUGAGCUUCAGUUUCUGCAACCCAACCCAAGGCUGUCCCUUCUUCAUGAUGAUGAUGAAGAAGCCCCAAUCAAAUCUUUCUUCCAAAACCUUUCUUCUUUGCAAGAAUUUCUAGACAUUUUCCAAUUUCGUAGUGCACCCAGAGAUUUGGAAACCAAAAUAAGAGACUUUGCACUUGAGACUGAAGACAACAUUGAAAUACAACUAAGCAACUUUCUUCUACUGUCCAAACACACACCCCAUCAAGAAGAAGCUUCCCAAAAACUCUGUCAAACCUUGCGAGAAGCAUCACAAAAUGCAGCAGAGUUGUUGAACAUUACCAAUAUAGAAAAAGAUGGAGAAACACAGAGAAAGAUAACUUGUGAUGCUUUAACUUCUCUCAUAAGGGAGAUUCGGGUUGACUUUGUGGUCCAUCCUGUCAUUCAUAUUCCAGCAUCAAUGAUCGAAUCUCUCAUAGAAAACAUUUCUUCUUUGCGAGAAUUUCUAGAGAUAUCGAAUUUUCACGGUGCUGCAGUCAAAGAUUUGGCAACCAAAAUCAGAGACUUUGCAUUCAAAGCAAAAGAGGAUAUGGAAAAACAAUCAUGGGAAGUUCGUUAUUCCAGAUUCACAGAUAAACAUAAAAAACUUUCCAAGAAACUCCUCAAAGCCUUGCAACAAGUAGCAGAAAACACAGGAGAGCUAUUGGACAGAAUCAGAAACACAAGCAACAAAGCCGAUGAGGCCAAUGAAACACGACCACCUAUUCCUUGGUUAAACCAUAAUUCAUCUCAGUCUGUGAAUAUUAAGGGAGGAGAUAAUGGAUCAUCCUCGAGGUGCUCUCCGAGGUUUGAGGACAGAAUGGUUGGUCGUCAAAAUGAUGUUACUACAAUAAAGGAUCAACUCUUCAGUGGCUUUGGUGGUUUAAAAGUUAUCCCGAUUAUUGGGAUGCUGGGCAUUGGAAAGACUACUUUAGCUCGAACAAUUUUUGAAGAUCAACUAGUUCAACUGCAUUUCGAUGUAAAAAUCUGGUUCACUAUGCCCCGAAAAUACAAUAAGAUCCAAAUACUACGCGACCUCCUUCGGUCAAUUGCACUAGCAGAGCAACAUGAAGUUAAAGAGGGAAGAACUCUAGUAGAGAUGAUGGAGGAAUGCUUGAUAGACAGGAGGUAUCUAAUUGUUUUAGACGACAUUUGGAGCACUCAGCAUUGGGAUGAUAUCAAAUAUGUUUUUCAUCGUUAUGUGGAAGGAAGUCGCAUAUUGCUGACCACUCGGUUCAAUGACGUGGCUGAUUAUGCUUGCACACUAAAAGGUAAUCAUCAUGUUAUGAGUUUACUAGAUCCAAAUGAAAGUUGGGAACUAUUCUGUAAUAUCUUUCCGCUUGAAAGGUAUAGGGCACCAAGAUUUGAAAGCUUUAGGAGUCAUCUGUCCAAUGUUGUGGAGAAAUGUGAAGGAUUGCCACAGGUAAUUGUUACAGCCGCUAAGCGUAUAUCUGAAUGCAAAAACAACAUACAACAUGAAUUGAAAAAAAUGGAAAAAGAAAUAGAGUUGUUGGGAAUUCUAGAUUAUAGUGCACUCGCACUCAUUUACAAUCAAUUGCCAGAAUAUUUGAAAGUUUGCUUUUUAUAUCUUGGAAUCUUUCCAAAGCGUAGUGAAAUCCAAGUCAAAACGCUUCUUAGGUUAUGGGUUGCAGAAGGAUUUGUGAAGCCAUCAAGGAAUAAGGGGUUAGAAAAGAUUGCUUAUUGUUACUUAAAGGACCUCAUUGAUAGAAGUCUUGUGUUAAUAAGCAGUCGGACUUUUGAUGGCAAAAUUAAGACUUGCAAGGUGCACAGUGUCAUGCAUAAUAUUUGUGAAAAUUCUGAAAUUUUGGUACCGUUCAAGCUGUUAAGAGUUUUGGCAUUCGUUCCAUCUCCAUUCCUCCAAAGAGUGCCAAUGCAUUUAGAGAAUUUAGUUUUUCUAAGAUAUUUAUCUGUAACACAAUGGUUUGAAGGUCUCAACGAUGUAGUGUCAACUAAUCUGAAUUUACAGACUCUUGUUGUUUGCGGAAGUGACAGCGAAUCACAACUUGGAGUACCUACUCUCCAUUUGCCAUCAACAAUUUGGGAGUCACCACAAUUAAGGCAUAUUGAACUUGGUGCUUUGCAUACUGUUGAUCCUCCCAGUGUGGUAAAGAAGAAUUUGCAAACAUUAUCUUGGGUAGGUCCAACUCAUUACAGAAAGGGAGUGUAUUCCAAUUUUCCAAACAUAAAAAAGCUAAAAAUAUUCUGUAAAGAAAACUUAGAGUCCAGUCACAUUGGUGGAUCUUCCAGCAAACACAUCAUUUUGGAUAACUUGGACUAUUUAGCACGACUUAAGAGUCUAACGAUUUCAGUUUCUGUUGGCUGCAUUAUAACAUUUCCUGAACGGUGUGCAUUUCCUCCACAAUUGAAGAAAUUGAGUUUGAGUGGGACUAAUCUUUCUGGGUGGGAUUUAACGGUAAUUGGCUCAUUGAAACGUCUUGAGGUGCUCAAGAUGGAAAAUGCUUUCCAAGAAGAAGUGUGGAGAGCAGUUGAAGGAGGAUUUUAUGGAUUAAAGUAUUUGGUCCUUAAAGAUAAAAAACUCAAGAGGUUUGAGGCUUACACAGAUGCUUUCCCAUGUCUUGAGCACCUAGUUCUAAGAUGUUAUUAUUUGGAAGAGAUUCCAAGCAGUUUUGGAGAAAUUUUCUGCUUGAAGUCAAUUGAGUUGGAUAGGUGCAGCCGCCCUUCCAUUGUCACUUCUGCCAAGGAUAUUCAAGAGAAGCUAAAUAAAAAUUUUGGAAAAGAAAAUUUUGAGGUUAGAAGCUCUGGCUUGAUCAUUCUCUGUUAUUAG